ACAAAGUAUUACGAGGACAGGGAUGUGUUUCACUGUCUGGAGAACUCGGAGAGCGACGACUGCGUGGACCCGUCGGUGGCUGACCUGAAACUGGAUGACUUGGAUUCGGUGACCACUCUAGGGGUCGGGGGCUUCGGGAAAGUGGACUUAGUUCGGGUGAAACACAACAGGAGUCUAGUGUUUGCACUGAAGUCGUGCUCCAAAGCGUUUGUGCGGUCGACCCGUCAGGAACAGCACAUCAACAACGAGCGCAUCGUCCAGAGAGUCGCCUCUAAGCACCAGUUUGUCAUCAAAUUGUACCGCACUUUCAAAGACGACCACAACGUCUACUUCCUGUUGGAGGCCGCGCUGGGAGGCGAACUCUGGACGCUGUUGAGGCACCGUGGUGCAUUUGAAGAGCUAUCGGCGCGAUUCUACAUCGGAUGUGUGGUGGAAGCGCUCCGUUACCUCCAUUGCCAUCAAAUCAUUUAUCGAGACUUAAAGCCAGAGAAUUGUAUUUUAGAUAAAACCGGAUAUUUGAAAAUCACGGACUUUGGUUUCAGUAAGAUACUAACGGGUGGUGAGAAGACCUGGACAUUCUGUGGUACUCCGGAAUAUGUGGCGCCGGAAAUCAUACUAAACAAGGGUCACGACCAGGCCGUAGACUUUUGGUCGAUUGGCAUUUUGCUGUACGAACUCCUCACCGGAAUGCCUCCCUUCACAUCCCCGGAUCCGCUAAAGACAUAUAAUAUAAUACUUCGCGGUUUCGACGCCAUUGGCUUCGAAGAGGCGAUAUUCUCGAAGAAUUGCGUGAAUCUGAUCCGUCGUCUCUGCAAAGAGAAUCCCAGCGAACGGAUUGGUGUCCAGAAGAAUGGCUACUCAGACCUCAAGAGUCACAAGUGGUUCAGUGGUUUCGAUUGGGAUCAGUUGAUCCGCAGACAGAUUAAACCGCCGAUUGUGCCCCGACUCAACUCAGCCACUGAUACCCACUAUUUCGAUGUCACUCCCGAUCAGACACUCAAAGAGGCCGAGUUUGACAUCAAAGAUGGUGCCAUCGAUUUGGACAUCGAUUGCGAUAAGAGUUGGGAUAAAUAUUUUUGA